UGUGUGUGUUUGGUGUGAAGGAGGGGGGGGGGACGAACUUAGCUUGUUCAGCCAUGUUAGUUUUCUCAAACGAUGAGAGAGAGGAGACAUGGCCUUGUCACUGAGCGGAGACGAUGAGGAAUAUGAUUCAGAAUCUGAGCAGCAGCGGGCAGCUAACCGGCCCAAACCCAAAAUGGGGACGUCGUCAGCUGUUAAGCUGCCGUCCAACCGCAGCUCCUCUGGAGCCCGCCGCAGGAGGACACGCUGCAGAAAGUGCGAGGCGUGCUUGCGGUCUGAAUGCGGGGAGUGUCACUUCUGUAAGGACAUGAAGAAGUUUGGUGGACCAGGGCGCAUGAAGCAGUCCUGCAUCAUGAGACAGUGCAUCGCGCCUGUGUUGCCCCACACAGCAGUGUGUGUAGUGUGCAAAGAAGCCGGGAAGGAGGACACACUGGAGGAUGAGGAGGACAAGUUUAACUUUAUGCUGAUGGAGUGCUCCAUCUGCAAUGAGAUCGUCCAUCCCAACUGCCUGAAGGUGUGCGACGCUUCGGGGGUGGUGAAUGAUGAACUCCCUAACUGCUGGGAAUGUCCUAAAUGCAACCAUGCUGGAAAGAGUGGAAAAGCAUUGAAGCAAAAAAGGGGCCCGGGGUUCAAGUAUGCCUCCAACCUCCCUGGCUCUUUGCUGAGGGAACAGAAGCCUGUGACAAAGGAGGAAGGGGACGCUUCUUCAGCAACUAAGAGGAGGUCAGACAAAGAGGAGACACCCAGGUACCGACCCGAGGAGUCUCUCAGCCGCCAGCCGCCGGUGCUUUCACCCAGCAACCUGCCACGGCCCCGGCCCGAGGACAAACUGAGGAAAAAGAGGAAGCUGUUUGAUGAUGAUGAGGAAGAGGAUCUCAGUAUGAGGAAGAAGGAAAGGUCAGAUGAUCCUUAUUUUUCCAAACUUCUUCAACAAAUCAAGAGAGAAGAGGAUGAUGAAGAUGCUGAAGAAGAGGAUGAAGACGGAAGGGAGCCUCUUUUCCAGAGCGGUGUAGAGAGGAAAGGGCGCUCUGGAGACCCUGAAGAUGAUGUGGAUUACAGGGACUCCAAGAGCGACCUUUUGAAUCUCAGCCUUAGAACACCGGUUGGAGACAGUGACCAGUCUCACUGUAGCUCUCCACAGGCCGGCCCCAGCAGUGAGGGCGGGAGCGAGACCCAGGAAAAAGGCCCGCGUCCAAAGGCUCGGCGUAAGCGGCGUUUACCUAACAGAGAGCUGAGUCGGGAACUGAGCAAAGCACUUACCCAGGAAAUCCAGAAGACCGAGGACUGCAUGGCCAAUGAGAACCGGCAACCACUGAAGCCUGAACCAGAGACGGAAAACGAGGAACCCAAGAAGCUGUUCUGCAACGGCAAUGAGCUCGGGGAUCAGAGGGCCCACCUCAAGACCAAAGAGAUGAAUGGGAACUCCUGGGAGCUGCGACACUUCUACCCAAGUCAGAUCACUCCGCUGGGCUUCAACAGGAGCACUCCGACAACCCGGCCAGUUCCUCCGCGCUCUCCACCCAAGUGUGUCCAAAUGGAGCGGCACGUUAUUCGGCCCCCUCCCAUAAGCCCGCCUCCCGACAGACUGCCUCUAAAAGAUGGAAAAGCACACAUUAUCCAGCGAGAGCUCUGGAUGAAGAUAUUCCGCUAUCUCACACACCAGGAGCUGUGUGUGUGCAUGAGAGUGUGCAAGACGUGGAACAGAUGGUGUUGUGACAAGAGACUCUGGACAAAGAUAGAUCUGAACCGCUGCACCUCAAUCACCCCACUCAUGCUAAGUGGGAUUAUCCGCCGACAGCCAGUCUCCCUGGACCUCAGCUGGACCAACAUUUCCAAGAAACAAUUAAGCUGGCUUAUUAACAGACUGCCAGGUCUGCGAGUGUUAAGGCUGUCAGGUUGCUCCUGGGCUGCUGUGUCUGCACUCUGCACCUCCAGCUGCCCUCUGCUGCGCACUCUCGAUGUGCAGUGGGUGGAGGGACUCAAAGAUGCACAGAUGAGGGACCUCCUCUCCCCUCCCACAGAUAACAGACCAGGCCAGCUGGAUAACCGCUGCAAGUUGCGGAACGUGGAGGAACUGAGGUUAGCGGGGCUGGACAUCACCGACACGUCUUUACGCCUCAUAAGUCGACAGAUGCCUUUGCUCUCCAGGCUGGACCUUAGCUACUGCAACCAUAUCAAUGACCAGUCAGUCAACCUGCUGACAGCAGCAGGGACCACAACCAGAGAUUCCCUCACAGAAAUCAACCUCUCAGUGUGUAACAGAGUAACGGACCAUUCCUUAAAUUUCUUCAAGCGCUGCGGAAGCAUCUGUCAGAUAGACCUUCGCUUCUGCAAGCAGGUGACCAAGGCAGCCUGUGAAAGGUUCAUCGCAGAGAUGUCUGUGAGUGUACCGUUUAAAUUGAAAGAGGACAAAUUGCUGCAGAAGAUAAGCUAGUUCCCAACAGGGCAAACAAUAAAAGGACUUCAAAGAUGGUCUUUGCACUUAAUGGAACAACUGGUCCUGUGAUAAGUCUCUGAAUCACUGUCAGUAAACUGAAGUGAAAGAUUGAGGUUGACUGGAUGGAAGCCUUGGAGUCUAAUGUCAGGAGGUGACAAACAUUCACUGGACGGGUUAAGAAGAGAUGGCAUGCAUGUGUUUCUUUUGAGACUGUACUUUUAUAAAGACCUGCUUGUAAUUGACUCCUGGGUUAUUUUUAUUCCUUAAAUAUUUGAAAAACAGUAUUUUUAUAGCAGCAACAUUUCAUGAGUUUACAGUGUCUCAGGAACUAUUAUCACAGAGAGACUGUACCGUGAACUGAAAAUGAUCUCCUUCAGUUUGCCCUCUUGUAACAGUCUGCGUGCCAAAAUGUACAUUUGAAUUUAACAUCACUUCAGUAUCAGAGAAAUAAAAUAGCAUGUACAAUAUAUCUGAUCAUAAAAAUAUUUAGAAUGUCUUUUUGAUGAAGAUAAAAAAAAAAAAAAAAGAUAAACAAAUUUCAUAUUCUGUUACACCCUCAUGCCUUCAGUUACAUUACUACUUUAAACUGUGGAGUGUUUUUGCUUUAUGGGGUUUUCAACAAUAUUUCAAUAUUAAUUUAUUGAUUGUUUUUUUUAUUACUGUUUGUAUUUAUUCAGUAAGUUGACAUAGGUGUGUCACAUAGCUGGGUCAAAUAAUUAGUACAAGUAAUUUAUCAGGGUGAUUUAAGCCUGUUGCAGCUCCCAGCGGGUGAAGUUCAACACCCAAAAGUUAGUAACAGGAAGCUGACUGUCCCAGCAACUGUGAAACUGACUUUGUGAUAAUACAGUAAUCCCCCACACAUCUGUUUUCACCUGGUUCUGGUUUAUAUAAUCUGCUAACGCUGACCUUUGCAAAUAACUCAUUUGCAUAGUUUUGAACCUAUACUCCCUACAGUAGGUGUUGUAUUUUGGUUGUUGUGCUGUAAUUGAUCACCUCAGGUGAAUGUGAUGUUUAUAUUUGUAAAUCCAAAAAUGAUGUGCUAAUAUGCAUUAAAAGAAUUUCAUUUGUACCAUUAAA